UCAUUUCAGGAAAUCCGGGUGUGUUUUUUUUAUUUAUUUAUGGAAACUUAUUUCCGUGGAGGCUUUUGUUGAUCGAUAACGCAAAUAAACUUCUUGUCCUCCUUUUAACAAAGUUAUGAAUAUAACUUUUUCGGGUGACUUCAUAACGAAGCACAUUUAGCGACUACUUGCUUGACUGGAAGAGUUUGAGGCGUUUGAGGCAUUAGUUUGAGUCAUUAGUUAGUUUGAGUCAUUAGUGAGUUUGAGGCAUUAGUUAGUUUAAGUCAUUAGUUAGUUUGAGUCAUUAGUGAGUUUGAGUCAUUAGUUAGUUUGAGUCAUUAGUUAGUUUGAGUCAUUAGUUAGUUUGAGUCAUUAGUUAGUUUGAGGCAUUAUUAGUUAGUGGACCUGCAUGGCCUCCAUGGAUCAGCUCACUGACGAUGUGAUGGCAGACAUUAAAAAAGACGUCCUGACCAAGCUGCGCCAUUACCUCUGCGGAAAGAUCCGGGCCAGAUGCCACCUGGACUACCUGCGCUCCCGCCGCGUUCUCACCCGGGACGACGCCGAGGAGAUCAACUGCAAGACCACGCAGACCAAGAGGACGGGCCUCCUGUUGGACAUCCUCUCAGAGAACCCCCAAGGUCUGGACACCCUGCUGGACUCCAUCCGGGAGCUGCGAGCGCAGAACUUCAUCAUCGCCAAGAUCACGGACGAGGUGCAGAAGGCCAAGAAUGAGAAGAUGGCGCUUCUAAAAGCUGGAGCUUCCACUUCCUCACCCGGCAGCACCGUCACCUGCAUCACCCCCCAGCCUUCCGGUAUGUUCUCUAUCCACUCCACCUUGCUCCUCCAUCCCGACGGCGAAGGAAGCCCCCCUGUUUCGGACGGCUUUGCGGAAGGUGGCGGUGACUCUCGGUCCUCCAUGGCUGCUGUCUCCUCCUCCACCUCCUCCUGCCUCCCCAAGCCAGGAGAGCCCGGAGCUCCUCCGCUCCCCGAGGAGGAGAUGGCGGAAGACGGAGGGUCACCGGGGUCCUCCACCUGCAGCAACAUGGCCGAUCCCAACUUCCAACCCCUGCGGUCGCGUUCUCUCGCUCAGAGCAACUCCUGAUGGGUGUGCAGUGACAGGGACGGACAGCUAGAUUGACCUACUGUACAUCAUCUUAGACUUUUAUACAUCAUCCCUUAAACUCUUCUUCUAAUUAGAGGAUCACUAAAUAAAUACAUGUGCUGCAUUUUA